CAGCUCUGUCUGAAGUUGUCGGAACAAGGGGACGCAAAUCCACGUGACAUCGCCGACAACCUGACUGUGUCAGUCGCCAACAUCACCUGCUCCAUGGUGUUCGGGAAACGCUACGACUAUGAUGACGUCACGUUUGUGGAACUGACCAAAAGCAUAAACAAACUGUUCGCCGAACUUGGAUCGAGUCAGCUGAUGACCGUAUUUCCAUUUCUGCGAUUCGUACCGGGAGUUAAUUCAUCAAACAGGAUUAUUGUCGAAUGCCUAAACGAGGUCCAGGCAUACCUUCGACAUGAAAUUACAAAGCAUCGCGAGAACCUGGACACCGAGAAUCCACGAGACUUCAUUGACCUCCUCCUCACCGAACUACAGACCCAAGAGAAGACAGACUGCUUUACCGAGGAGAACAUUGUGUUUAUAAUCCAAGACCUGUUUACUGCUGGAGUCGAGACCACAGCCUCCACCUUGCGAUGGGGUCUUCUGUACAUGGUUCUGAGUCCAGAGGAGCAGCAAAAGGUCCAAGCUGAGCUGGACAGUAUCCUGGGAACAGACCAUGACGUGCCCACCCUGGCCCACAGGUCCCAGCUCCCGUAUACUGAGGCUACUAUCAUGGAGAUCCAGCGAAUCAGGGCCAUCGGUCCCCUUGGUGGUCCUCACGCUCCAAACGAGGACACGACUUUCCGAGGCUACGACAUCCCAUCAGGAACGCAGGUUCUUCCCAACCUGUGGUCAGCUCAUAUGGACCCGGAGUUCUGGCCGGACCCAGAGAAGUUUGACCCCCGUAGGUUCCUUGACUCUGGCGGCAAUGUGGUCCGUAGGCAGGAAUCCUUCAUGCCUUUUUCUACUGGACGUCGUGCCUGCAUCGGUGAGCAGCUGGCUAAGAUGGAGCUCUUUCUGCUCUUUUCUUCCCUCGUGAAACACUUCACCUUCAAGUUGCCAGAGGGCGCAGCUGCACCUUCGACAGUUGGCUGCUUGGGUUUAACCUAUGUCCCACCAACAGUAAAUAUGUGCAUCAUCAAACGCUAGGGAUACAAUGUCAACAUAAUUAUGAUAUUGGUUCAAAAUACCUAUAUUCUAAAAGGUGACUGAGUUACCUUGUUUAGAUAUUUUAGAUAUUGACAUAAAGCCAACUGAAAAGUAAAUGAUGAAUAUAUGGAUAUUUAUAUCCAUCAACAAACAUAUAUCUUUAUAUAUUUUUCCAGUACAUAUAUUUGUCAUAUUGUACAACCUCGACCUACUAAGGAGAACCAUCUCUAAAGACCCAUUACGUAGAUCGUAGCUACAUAUAUACAAUAAAUGCGGGAAUACUUGGGAUACUCGUGCAUUAUGUCGUAUAAAUUUCAAUUGUCUUGCUACGGAAAAGAUUGUCCUAGAUCCUGGUCAGUGGUUUGUUUUGGUUAGCCUGUUGAAAAAUUAUAUGACAUUAGAGUCGUAGGAUGACAUACGACAAAUGAGUGUCCGUAAUAGAUUUGGCUACUUUUAGAUGUUAACUGCACCUCGGUGCAAGUACGGAUACUUUUAGCUUAAUAGUGUUGAUAGGGAGGCCAAAGGUAAAUGUUUUUUAAGCAUUUUGAAAGACUGACAUUGCAAAAUUACAUUAAACAGUUAUAAUUAGUGGCCAUGAAAACUUCAUUCGCUGUUAAAACGUACCACAAGUAAUGAAGUCAAUUUCGGAGUAAUGCGAUGCCAGUUAGUAUAAUUCUAUUACAUAUGAAAUGGAAUUGAUCUGAUUGAGUGGGUUACAAGUGCACUAAGAUGUGUGUAGAAGUCAUUGAUUAGAAAUUCAACGAUUAUUGUUUAUUCUGAACUCAAUUUUGUAUAUACUGAGAUUUGCAUAAGACUUGUGGUUGAGACUGUACUAGUGCCCUAAUACAUAACUAAUACAUACAUAAUUCAUCCGGUUUUACACCGGUGAGGCACAGUCCAAAGCACAAGUUUUCCAGUAUGAUCUGUCCUUCAUGGCAGACAUUAAACUAGACCCUGACAGUCCAAUGUCUCUUUGUAUCAUUGUCUUUAAGGUAAUGUAUGGUCGGCGCCUUCCUUCUGGCAGCCAGUCCAUUAGUCUCCCUGCAGGCUCGUUCCCACGAACCACAUGCCCUGCCAGGGCGAGCCGGCGCCGCCUCACCACAGAUGAAAUGGCUGGGAGUGGGCCGUAUAGUUGUUUGUUGGUUAAACAGUCUCUUCAUGAAACAUUAUACACCUUUCUUAACAUUUUCGUAUAAGUACCAUCCAAUUUUUUGCUCUGGGCUGCUGUCAUAGUCCAUGACUCACAACUAUACAGUAGAAUGGACUCAGUACAUGCUUUAAACACUUUGGUUUUUGUGUGCUUACUGAUGGGUGCUUUCCAUAUCUUUUGUAAGGAAUGGAGAGAACUCCAGGCUUGAGCAAUCCUACAUUCCAUAUCUUUCUCAGAAUUGGUACUAGUGCCCAUCUCUGUCAUUAACUUAGUACCUACCUGUAAAUCUGGAACUAGAAUGAAGAAUUUCUGAUAAACUCUGAGGUUGACACGAGCAUGUGACAAAGUGAUAAUUUUGUACUUUUUGCUUUGAAAUUUCUCCUCAAAGGUUGUCUCAGUCAGCUACAUGUGAAAAUCUCUUUAAAUAAAUAAAAUAGAUAGACAAGGCGUCAACAUUCACACACAAUGUCAAUUUG